GGAUUUAACUGUAACUGUGACUACGCUGAAAUUGAUGUGUUUUAUUUGUUUAUAAACUUAACUUUCGUUGAUUGAAAAUCAUAUUUAAUAAGAUGGACUAUGUAGAUAAGCGCAAUUCUGAACAUGCUAUAGAUAGAUCAAGAUCUGAAAAAAGAAGAAGAUCACGUUCACGCAGUCCUCGUCGGCAUAAAAGAUCUCGUAGUAGAGAAAGAAGGUCACGGUCAAGGAGUAGAGAUAGACACAGACAUAAAGAGAGAGAUCGUGAAAGAGAUAAGCACAGGUCAAAAGAUAAAGAUAAAUCCAGAGAUAAAGACAAAUCUAAACAUAAGGACAAAUCCAAAGACAAAGAUAAAAACCAUGUCAAAGAUGAGGCUAAUGAUGAGGAAGAAGGAAAGAAUGAUAAAAUUAAAAAAGAACCUCUUUCUCUUGAAGAGCUUAUGGCCAAACGUCAGGCAGAAGAAAUGGCAAGAAGCAAACCUGUGUUUUUAACGAAAGAACAAAGAGCUGCUGAAGCAUUGAAAAGAAGGCAGCAAGAAGUCGAAGAGCAACGAAAAAGAAUGGAUGAAGAAAGAAAGAUUAGAAUGCAAUUCAUGGAAGAAGCUAAGCAUUCUCAGGAGAAUGAUAAAGAAAGAGAAAGACGUGAAAGAAGAGAGAAAAGAGAAGCAGAAGAAGCAAAUGCUCUGAAUGCUACUGCUACAGAGACAGACCGUGACAAAGUUAGAGAAAUUAAAGACAAAGAAAAGGAGCUGGAGGCCAUUCGAGAAAGAUAUUUAGGCUUAAUGAAAAAGAAAAGACGUGUUCGUCGUUUGAAUGAUCGGAAAUUUGUUUUCGACUGGGAUGCAUCUGAAGACACAGCUGUUGAUUAUAAUCCUAUAUACAAGGAGAGGCACACUGUCCAGUUUUUUGGUCGAGGACAUGUUGCUGGUAUUGAUUUAAAAAGUCAAAAGAAAGAACAAUCAAAAUUCUAUGGUGAAUUACUUGAAAUGAGAAGAACUGUUGCAGAAAAAGAACAGGAAAUAAUACGUUUGAAGAAAAUCAAGAGGAAAGAAGAUAAACAGAAAUGGGAUGAUCGUCAUUGGUCUCAAAAAUCAAUAGAGGAAAUGACAGAGAGAGAUUGGCGUAUUUUUCGUGAAGAUUUCAAUAUAUCUAUCAAAGGAGGUCGUAUACCAAAUCCUAUUAGACACUGGAAGGAGUCUGGAUUGACUAAGCCAAUAUUAGAUAUAAUUGAUCAAUUAGGUUAUAAGGAACCAACUCCUAUUCAGCGACAGGCCAUUCCUAUUGGUCUCCAAAAUCGUGAUAUCAUUGGUGUUGCUGAAACUGGUAGUGGUAAAACAUUAGCCUUCUUAAUUCCACUUCUAGUAUGGAUUACAUCUUUACCAAAGAUUGUGAGAAAUGAAGAUAUAGAUCAAGGACCAUAUGCUAUAAUUAUGGCUCCAACUCGUGAGUUGGCUCAACAAAUUGAAGAAGAAACUAUCAAAUUUGCCAAAACUUUGGAUAUUCGUACUGUAGCUGUUAUUGGUGGUUUGUCUAGGGAAGAGCAGGGCUUUAGACUUCGACUUGGAUGUGAAAUUGUUAUUGCUACUCCUGGUCGUUUGAUAGAUGUUCUAGAAAACAGAUAUUUAGUUCUAAAUCGCUGUACAUAUAUUGUCCUUGAUGAAGCUGAUAGAAUGAUUGACAUGGGUUUUGAACCUGAUGUUCAAAAGAUUUUGGAAUACAUGCCUGUCACAAAUCAGAAACCAGACACUGAUGAAGCUGAAGAUGAGGAGAAAUUACUUGCUAAUUUCAAUUCCAAAAAUAAAUACAGACAAACUGUGAUGUUUACGGCUACUAUGCCCCCAGCAGUUGAAAGGCUUGCUAGAUCAUAUCUGAGAAGACCUUCCAUUGUAUAUAUAGGUUCAGUUGGAAAACCAGUUGAAAGAGUUGAACAAAUUGUCUAUGUUGUCACAGAGAAUGUUAAGAGGAAGAAGCUUCUUGAAAUACUUGCUGAAGGUAUUGAGCCUCCAGUUAUUAUAUUCGUCAACCAGAAGAAAGGUGCUGAUGUUUUGGCUAAAGGGCUUGAAAAGAUGGGAUACAAUGCAUGUACUCUCCAUGGUGGUAAAGGGCAAGAGCAGAGAGAGUAUGCAUUGGCUAGUUUGAAAACUGGAUCCAAAGAUAUCUUGGUUGCUACUGAUGUAGCCGGAAGAGGUAUUGAUAUCCAAAAUGUAUCAAUGGUCAUCAAUUAUGACAUGGCUAAAACUAUUGAAGAUUAUACUCAUAGGAUCGGUCGUACUGGACGUGCUGGUAAGCAUGGUAUUGCAGUGACCUUAAUAACUAAAGAAGACUCACAUCUGUUUUAUGACUUGAAGCAGUUGAUUAUGUGUAGCCCUAUUUCAACUUGUCCUCCUGAACUUGCAAAUCAUCCUGAUGCUCAGCAUAAACCUGGAACAGUUAUUACCAAGAAAAGAAGAGAGGAGAAGAUAUUUGCUUAGUUUGUUGUAAGAAAAAAGCAUUUGUUAAUUUUGCUCAUAAAACUUCAUAUGUUUCAUUCAAAUGUAAAUACUGAUGAACUAAAAAUAUUGUUCAACAUGAAGUGUUUUGAUGAUAUUAAUGAUUGUUGCUGUUGGCAUUGUCAGAUCUCUUAAAAUUGUAAAUGACAACCUUUUUACAAAUAGAUCAUAAUCUUUUGUCAUGGCGAAAUAAAAAGGUAUUUUUAUCUA